UUUAUGCUAGGCAGCAGGAAGUCGCUCCCAGCUGAGCUUGUCGGCACAGGCUGGUGGCAACAGACGUCGGACGGCGUCUCCCGGAGGGCCGCAGAGAGGCAGGCCGGCGAGUUGAGCUCCGGACUUCGCGCUCCGCUUUUAAUACGAACACCCGAAAAGUUUUAGUUAGUUUUUUUUUUUUUGUCUUUUUUUUCGCGCGUGCGCGCUAUCCCCGCUCGAGAGGGACGGACGGUUUUGGCGCCCAAGGAUUGGCAUCGUUGGUCCGGACGCGCGCCUACCCGGCUUGAAUGCCUUUGCAAUCUCUCAGCUGGCUCUUGUGCUGCAGGCAGGGCUUCACUUUACUGCGAAGGGACUAUGGCGAAAAGGAAGAGGAGGAAGAGUCAUUCGAGCUGCGCAGCAAAGACGAGCUGCUGUCACCCGGACGGGACACUUUGGAUGUAGCGGUUAGUCAGCCUCUCCAGGCCGCCAAUGGACCUAGCAGUGUGUCGGAAAUCCCUGAAGAAAUGAGGAGCCUGAUAAUUGAAAAAAAUAAGGGAACAAUUGAAGACGACUCCAGCUUACUGGUUAAAGGCUGGCUGUACAAAGAGGUUCAUGGGACGUGGCUCAGACAACGGAAGCACUGGUUUGUUUUAACUCAAGAUGCCCUGGAGUAUUACAGCAGCGAUGAAAGGAAUGCCAAGAGACUGGGAAUGCUGGUGCUGACAAGUCUUUGCACAGUCAUCUGGCCUGAUAAGCAGACCUACAAAGAGACCGGUUACUGGAACGUCGCCGUGUACGGGCGCAAGCUCUGCUACAGACUCUCCACGAAGCAUUUCAAUGAAGCCAUUCACUGGGCCUGUGCCAUCCAGAAGGUCAUUGAAAGCAAAGCGCCGGUAGAAACGCCAACGCAGCUCCUUAUCAGGGACAUCGAGGUAACAAGGCCAACCCAACGCGAGGUGUCUUCUAGUAAUUUCUACCAAAGGUUGCAGGCCGUGCUUUUCUAACCCGCCUCGUCUUGAGGCCUGCAGGUUUCAAGAGACGGGGGACAAACCUCACUUGGUCGUAUGUGGCGAGCCUGCCUUACACAGCUGUCUUAAUCAGUCGGACGGAGGCCGGCAUUUUAAUUUUCCACGCUUCGCCUCUACAAGCGGGUGCUGACGUCCAGUCGAUGUAAGCUUUCCGGUGUUCUUUUGUGUAAAUCUGUGAGCUGAGCUCGUCUUCCUCCAUCCCCACCUCGUAACGCACCCGUUAAUUGUUAAAUGCUGGGGUCCAAC